UCGACGGUCUCGUGUGUCUUUUCUUACACCUCCCGUCAAGAUGUUUAAGCUUGCUCGUAGCAGUGCUGUUGCGGCUGCACUCAAGCCAAGAAAGGCCUACGCGCCAUCACGAUUUGCAGGUGUUGCACAACAGAAGAGAGGUCUGAGCAUUCAUGAGUAUCUCUCUGCGGAUCUCUUAAGAAAGUAUGGCGUUGGUGUCCCAGACGGCUCCGUUGCAACAACCGCGGCUGAAGCCGAAGCUAUUGCAACGAAGAUUGGUGGAGAUGAUAUGGUCAUCAAGGCCCAGGUUCUCGCUGGUGGUCGAGGAAAGGGUACAUUCGACAAUGGCUUGAAAGGAGGUGUCCGAGUUAUCUACUCUCCAACAGAGGCCAAGAUGUUCGCCGACCAAAUGAUCGGACACAAGCUCGUCACGAAGCAAACGGGCGCGGCAGGCCGUCUUUGCAACUCUGUCUACAUCUGCGAGCGGAAGUUUGCCCGACGAGAAUUCUACCUGGCAAUCCUGAUGGACCGUGGCUCCCAAGGCCCCGUCAUUGUGUCCUCAUCCCAAGGAGGCAUGGACAUUGAGACUGUCGCCAAAGAGCAACCAGACGCUAUUACCACGACAUAUAUCGAUAUCCAUAAAGGUGUUACGGACGACAUUGCCCGCAAGAUUGCUACUGAUCUCGGCUUCAGUGAGCAAUGCAUUGAGGACGCCAAGGACACGAUCCAGAAACUCUACACAAUUUUCAUGGAGAAGGAUGCUACUCAGAUUGAGAUCAACCCUCUCUCUGAGACCUCAGAUCACAAAGUUCUCGCUAUGGAUGCUAAGCUUGGUUUUGACGACAACGCCGAAUUCAGACAGAAAGAGAUCUUCUCAUGGCGCGACACCACCCAGGAAGACGCCGAAGAAGUCCGUGCUGCUGAGUCUGGCUUGAACUUCAUCAAGCUUGGAGGUGAUAUUGGAUGCUUGGUCAAUGGCGCCGGUCUUGCCAUGGCUACCAUGGACAUUAUUAAGCUAAAUGGUGGCGAGCCAGCAAAUUUCCUCGAUGUUGGAGGUGGAGCUACUCCUCAAGCCAUCAAGGAAGCUUUCACCCUCAUUACUAGUGAUCCUAAGGUUACCGCUAUCUUCGUCAACAUCUUCGGUGGUAUCGUCCGAUGUGAUGCGAUUGCCCAAGGUCUCAUCUCCGUGGUUGAGAGCAUGAACCUCAGCAUUCCAAUCAUUGCCAGAUUACAAGGAACGAACAUGGAAGCAGCACACAAGUUGAUCAACGAUGCCGGACUUAAGAUCUUCUCCAUUGACGACUUACAAAGCGCUGCCGAGAAGGCUGUGCAAUUCUCGAAAGUCGUAAAGAUGGCACGUGAUAUCGACGUUGGCGUUGAGUUUUCUCUCGGUAUUUGAGCGAAUGAUGUUGCUUUCAUGCGUCUCCUUGUGUAUUGAUGUAUUGAUUCCCUCGCCUUUAGAAGAUAGGUUGAGUAUGUAUAAUGCAAACCAUUACUUGUGCAAAUAUACCUUGGUUGAUCAAGUCUGGCCUCCCGAGGUCGUCUAUGAAAAC